CUUUUUAGUAGCAACAGGUGUUUUGAUCGAUUUGGAACGCUGUGCUUUCAGUGCCCGCUUCGAUUUUGUUUCAACUUGUGUCGGAGUGAGUUUUGCUGUGACAUUAUGGAUUAUAUCUUCAAUUUUGGAUAAUUUUUCAAAUAAUGCCAUCCCAAGAUGCCCCAGGCCACUCUGCUUCUUAGAGAAGAAACCUCUUCAUCUCUGUCCACUUUAGUCGAAAAAUCGCAACACCGCAAACCCCCCCUCCCUUCAUACGACCUCGCCCUCACCCCCACCCACUUCUCCCUUACGCCCCUCCCCCGUCCGGAAACAGACGAAGGCUUCGAAUCGGACACUCUUUCCCUAGUUUCAAGUGAUGGAAGUUACGAAACGAAAACGACCGAAACGGACAGCGCUAACGGUUCGUCAACGUCCGACAGCGACACGGAAACGCCCGAAGCCACACGAGCCCAACACCACAAUCUAGUCGACUGUGUUUGCUACACGGAUGUCAAAGUCCCCGAUGUUUUGAUUUUUAUCAUUAAGAGUGAAACUCUCGUCUUCAAGUUUGACAAUUUGGACGCUUUGACGCGAUUUUAUUCGAAUUUUACCGCCGUUAAGGCUGUGGCCAAUCAGAAGGCUUAUAGCAAAAGUGGCGCCAAAUUCAAUUUGUUGGAACGGACGGACAACAACGGCGUUACGCACAUUGAGAUCACGCCCUUGAGGAAGGUGUGGUCGUCGGCUGAUGAUUUGUUGUCGCCUAGGCGACCAGAGAGGCGCAAGAAAGGGCGGGCGCCGCCCCCUCCCCCCACCACGUCCGAUGUGCUGAGAGGGGAGUAUGUUAGGGUUAAUGUAAGCACGGCCAAAGAUAGGGAUUUUAUUGUUAAAAGUCAACACAAUGAGAAGAAACCGCCGGUUAAGUUGGCGCUGUUCCGCCCGGUUAAAACCGAUUCCCUGAUGAAGCAACGCAGUAGGAGCGAAACGAGGUGUUUCACGCCUAUGGCCUAUAGGUACAUUGAUACGGCCCCCGCCUACUCCCCGAUGGGGAACAGGCUGUUUGGGUUGUCGUCAAAAUUGAGGGAUUUUGGGGAACCGAUCAAAGAGUGCCGGUGGAACAAUAUGGCGGAGUUGGGUUACACGAAAGAGGGAAAUUUAAAAAGUGUGAUUAAGAAGGAGGAAAGUAAGAAGAAGAAUGAGAAGAAAGUUACUUUUAGUGCCUACACAACCGUGCAGGUUGUCUGAAAGAAGGGAUUUUGUACUGAUUUAUUAUUGUACUUGUAUAUUUCUAGCAUAGUUUGUAUAUAUUCUGACUUAAUGUCAAUAAAUAUGUAUAUAAUCUA